UCUCCUCCCCCCACACUCUACUCUCAUGGGGUAUAUAUAUAUAUAUACAGCGCUCUGCUCUCUGAAGCAUCGUUCCUAGGAAGAGUGAGUUUUCUGUGCUCAGGGUGGAGUUUAACAGCGGAGAAUAGAGGAGCACUUUUGCUUCUUCUAUGUAGUAGUCUAUACAGGGGAUGGAAGAUGCUUCUAACACUUGUCAGUUAGUACUUAAGUUACUCAGUAUUCUAGUUUUAAGUUACUCAGUUAGUACUUUAAUUUGGUCCCAGGUCCUACAGAUCCUGAGUUUUUUGCGGGUAGUGCAGUAGCAUUAUGGGGGCACGGUUGUGCACUGUUAGGUGGACGCCAGAUGGAGGGUGUCUAGAAUGUGUGUGAGUUCCCGGUGUGAUAUCUGCAUGUCUGUGACAGUGUAUUUGAUUUGAUCUGUGUGAGGAUAUGCCUACUAACGUGUGUGUGUGUGUUCCAGUCAGCUGUCGUCUGAGAUAAAUACGUGUCGUGGGGAGCUGUCAUCCAUGGAGCAGGAGCUGCAGAGGCUGCGAAGAGACACCAGUAUGAAUUCCUCCCAGCUCAGCUACGUGGAGGAGACCCUGCAGAAGACCCAGGGCCUACUGGAGGAGAAGAACGACACGGUUGUGGACUUGGAGGAGAAGCUCCACUGCUGUGAGGAGGACAGGCGGACCUCUGUGCAGCAUGUGAAGGAUCUGGAGGGACAGCUACAGGAGGUGCGCGAUGAGAUGCACGACACCCUAGAGAAACUACAGGAGCUGAGAGACCUGUUACAGGCCACGCAGCUUGGCGCAGAUGAACGACAGAUUUCAUUGGAGAAACUGUCCGCCGAGCUCAGCUGGGCCAAUUGGACGUGGUCAUCAGAGACCAUACCCUGGAGAUAGACAAAAAGGGUCAGUCCCUACAGCAGACUGGACCAGAGAAAGAGGUUAAAGACUGAGACAGACAUCAUAAAGGCCACAUUACACUCAUUUGGAGUUGUUGUUGGCCCUGGAAACCACAUACUCUCCAUUCUGGUAUAGUGAUAAAUGUGAAGAGCUGUUGGCCCUGGAAACCACAUACUCUCCAUUCUGGUAUAGUGAUAAAUGUGAAGAGCUGUUGGCCCUGGAAACCACAUACUCUCCAUUCUGGUAUAGUGAUAAAUGUGAAGAGCUGUUGACCCUGGAAACCACAUACUCUCCAUUCUGGUAUAGUGAUAAAUGUGAAGAGCUGUUGACUAUCACCUCAUGUUUUGUCUCUACAGGUGGAGUUUUUGAGUGACAGGUUAGACCUGCUAAAAGCACAACUACAAGGGAAGGAGGAUUCUUAGGAAGGUAUGAGAGAGGGAAAGAUGAGUUAUGGUAUUAUUAUACUGAUAGAUGGAGGGAGAGAUGAUUUAUGGUAUUAUUAUACUGAUGAGGGAGAGAUGAGUUAUGGUAUUAUACUGAUGAGGGAGAGAUGAGUUAUGGUAUUAUUGUACUGCUGGAGGGAGAGAUGAUUUAUGGUAUUAUUAUACUGAUGGAUGGAGGGAGAGGUGAGUUAUGGUAUUAUUAUACUGAUGGAUGGAGGGAGAGAUGAGUUAUGGUAUUAUUAUACUGAUGGAUGGAGGGAGAGAUGAGUUAUGGUACUAUUAUACUGAUGAAUGGAGGGAGAGAUGAGUUAUGGUAUUAUUAUACUGAUAGAUGGAGGGAGAGAUGAUUUAUGGUAUUAUUAUACUGAUGAGGGAGAGAUGAGUUAUGGUAUUAUUGUACUGCUGGAGGGAGAGAUGAUUUAUGGUAUUAUUAUACUGAUGGAUGGAGGGAGAGGUGAGUUAUGGUAUUAUUAUACUGAUGGAUGGAGGGAGAGAUGAGUUAUGGUAUUAUUAUACUGAUGGAUGGAGGGAGAGAU